UUCGUCGCUUGUCUUGAUCCAAGGAACGGAUCUGUGACGAGGUCUUGAGUGAUUUCACGUGUCAUGGACAGUAGCUGUAAGGCUAAAUCCAGAUUAGAACAGAGAUAGGUACAGCUUGCGAGUGACGACGGAGCAAGGCUUACGAGAUACCACUAGGGACAAAUCGCCCGUAAAGACUUACAAUGCUUCAAAUAUCAGUAUCUGCUGCAAUAUUUUCCGCUGGAACGUAGGGAUUGACGUUAGUUAGUUUUUACCAAUACCAAUUUGAUGCUGCUUCCAUUGUGUCAUCGUAGCAUGGAGCCGGAUUCGGCGUAUCAUGGCAACGAGUGGCGAGAACAAACCAACAAAGAAGGGAAGGAAAACAAAGAAGGUAGCCCACGAAGCAGACUACCCACCCAUACAAACUUUUCAAUUGACCAGAAAAAAUACCACAGUAAUAAUAUACGACCAUCGAUAAUGGCAGAUCCUCCAAUACCUGAAGGUCAUGGGGCACAACUUGGCAGUGGUCAACCCAUUGGCGAACCCGCAGCCGACCAGGAACCAGAUCACGAGGCAGCAGAAAUUAUUGUAGAGGAAUUAGGGAAAAGAGAGCGGGAGAAAAGAUCACUGAAGAGAGUGUGUGGCAUCAUCACAGUUGCGAUAGUGAUAUAUUUCUCGUUUGUAUCUGCGGUGAUCUACGGAACGCCUUUCGCCAGACAAUUCUGGGAAAGCAUCUCUGAUUCCCCGGCUUAUAUCUCACAACAGCAGUUCUGGCAGAAAAGUAGCGCAGAUAAGACUAGUAAACAUUUUAAUGUGUUCUGGGAAAAUGUCAAUUCUGCUCCAAAUGCUGGCGAGUCUGUCUCGUAUGACUCGUGUAAGGAUCGGGUGCUGAGAUAUUUCACCGCGACUGAACAGGAUCAACCAGCACAGCCGACAGUCUUGACGGUAACAUAUGUGAGACAGCAAGCAGAAGAACGCACAACUGCUUCAUCGAGUGAAGUUUCGAGCCGAACUGGCAUUCUAAAACCUGGAGGUCCCCCCUCUGUCUCCCCAGGAAAGGGGAAGUCAUCGCACUCCGUCAGCAAGAAUACGGAAGCAUCUAAAGUGGUGAAAAACACCAAGAUAGUCUCCAAGGACUUGAAGUGCCCAUUAUCUUCAUCGCUCCUCAAGAGUGCACAGAAAAACACGGUAGAUGGAGAUACUUCUACGGCUGGUUCCCAGGGUACUCCAUCGCACAAGGAGAAAGUCAAGCCACAAACCGGGAAGACGAAGGAAUUGAAAGUACAUUCAAAGGCAAGCGAGCAGCUUCAUCCUUCCACCAAACAGCCAAAGAAUGACGGUCACACUAAGAGCUCUGCCACGAAGACUAUACAAAAGAGUACCCCUACCUCGAAAAAGGGAGCUUUUGAGAAAUAUUGGUCUGCAUUUCGCAUGCAAAGUUCACCCACGGUACAAGCGCGAAAACCUCUGACUGCAGAAAGGCUCUCAUGGGAUGAAAGAUACCGGCAAGAACUUAACAGAUUUGGCUUAGAGUAUGGAUUCCCCAGUAAGCAAGUAUCGAAGGAGAAUACUGCCGGGCAAAUAAAGACGAUAUACGCGAAAGACCGUGAACCUGGGAGUAAGAGAACGACUGAUGAAAAUAUCGGGAAGACAUCCGAGACUGAACAAUUGAAAAAGAGCGAAACAACAGCAUUGGCACAGCAAUCCGAAAAGAAGAUAUCGAAAACAAAAGAAUCCAGAUCUGAAGGCAACACCAAACAACUGACAAUCAAGCAUGAUCCAGUGACUGCACAAGACAAUAAAAGAGUGGAGAAGUCAAUAUCCCAUGAGGAAACAAUGAUGAACCCGAGAUGGUAUUGGAAGUCGAUGGAUAAGAUUGGCUUUCCAAAGCGUCCCCCGACAGAGACUAGUGCAGCCUCAACAGAAGGAUCUAAUAAAGCAGUGGAGGAGAAGAGUCCGGACUCAACAUCUGAAGCAAGUAGUAGCGUACCUUCUGCAGAAUCUGUUAGCACCAAAACAAGAGAAUCGCAUACGAAAACCAAGGAUUAUUGCGAAACAGACACUACAAUGACUGCGAAUAGUUUCUCGGAAGUCCUGAAGCAGGGUAUAAGACGGCUUGAAAACACGGAGGCAGAGUCUACAUCACAUCCAGAGAUACAAAAUGAUGCUUCUUCUAGCCAAAAAAAGCCUGGUACGAAGUUUAAAACAGUACUUGGAGACUGUAUUGCUGAUACAGUUCAAGAUCUUAAAGUAUCGUCCCCGUGGAAGCAUCAAGGCAAGACCCGGAACGAUUGGUUCUCAACAGUUUUGCAUUUCUCGUGGCUGUCGAAAUUCCUCGCAGAUUCCAAGUCAAGAAUAUAUUCUCUCCCCAGCGUUUUGCCUUUCAACUAUCUAACUGGAGAAGCUGUCGUCGACAAGGACGCCUUUUGGCUACCAUGGCUGUUCAAUCCCUUCAUGUGGACGUCCUCGCGCACUCUUUACAUUAGAGACCAGACAGCAGAAGAAAAAGCCUGGGAAGAGAUGAUAUUUAACAGUCCCAAUUACCAACGCCAAACACCCAAGAAUAGAACAAUAGAGACUAUACAGCAUAUCUCAACAACACUAUUGUCGGUCGUCGAUCAGCUCAUGGCAGAAGGCAACAAUCAUCUCGACACAAUGACGAGAUUACAAGAAGCAUGGAAAGGUAUGCUCCGCGGUGAAGCAGUCAUGAACUCAUCGAGAACAGUCAAAGAAAUCGGGAGUGAUUUGGGGAAUCGCAGUCUGCUCAAGUCGUAUGCUGGAGCGGUCCACCAGUUCGAUCGUCUUGUCGAUGAUGUUGUAGAAGCAGCGAGCAGGAUGGAAAAUGUGACAGUUGUGACUAUGGAAGAUGCGAAGCAGUGGACAAAAAUGAGGACUGGAUUCAAUGAGUUCCUGUGGGAAGUAAGUAAGAGACCUUUGUUUGCGAGUAGGAAAAGUUCAAUGUUUGAAGGGUUUCACAGUGAUAUAUUGCUAGGUGGGAAAGAUAAGUUGGAGAUUGUUAAGAGUAAGGUAGCGAGACUGAAAUUGUCAAGUGCGAUUUGA